UUGGCAGUUUUGCAAUACUAAAAUCAGGACUAACUUCAGCAAUCUCUACUUACGUGAAAGAAAAAUGCAAUCAAGAAUAGUUGCAUCACUAAAAUCAGCACCCAUUUCAAAAUGGGUCGUCUCGUUUGAUCCUCUAUCGCAACAGAAUCGAGCUAUAAUUUCAUCAUGGGUUCGACCAAGUUGUUAUUCUACUUCAACUCAUCAGACAGCUGAUCCUGCCGUUCAUGCCGAAGAUCCCACGGGAGAUGACGCGGAUGAGGCUGCAAAACAUGAAGCUGCAAAAGAAAACCAGCAACGGGGGCCUGCGAGAAAUGGCCUAUCAGACUUGAAAGUUGAUCCAAAUGAUGCAAUUAAGCCAGGAAAAGGAAGUACGAGGUUGGAAAGUUCUGGAGUCAAUCAACCAUUAGACCCAUUAAAACAACAAAAAAGGCAUUAUGGUAACAGCUCAAGUUCGCAACAAAUGAAAGCCGAAGGAGGAAAAUCAUCACCAUUACCUCCAUCUCUAGAUGAAGUGACUUGUGUUGGUGGUAUGGAUGGACCCCCAUGGCCAGAUGAUCAUGAAGAUAGCGUGGAAGACAACAAAGAGUACUACAAACACCAUAAACCCUCCCCUUUGGCAAAAGUAGAGGUGUCUGAUAGUAGAAAACCAGUUACACAAGCUACUGAUGGUGGUGCAAGUGAAAGUAUGUACACUAGAGAAGGUGAUGUUUCGUUUUCUGAAGAACAACGUGAUACUGCUGAGGAAGCUUUGUUGAGGGCCAGUAGGAUUUGGAAAGAAUCUGCAAUGAGAGAUGAUCCCGAUUCUCCACAAGCUAGAGCUCUUAGAAGAGCUAUAGAGGAGCAAAGAGGAAAAGGUUCGCAUUCUGUCCGGUACUGAGCGCCCGGUGCUGAGCGCGAUUCACUUGU